AUGAUGAGGAAGCUCCUGUCUUUGCUGCUGCUGCUCACCUGGGCACCUGCCUGCCUUGCUAAGCCCACCUGGGGCUCCGAAGACUCCGAAGACACCCGGGACCAGGCCCUGAAGCAGCUGCUGGAGGUCUUUGGCAUCGAAGGACCCCCGCAGCCCCCCCUCUACUUCAAGGAGCCCCCCCAGUACAUGGUCGACCUCUACAACACCGUGGCCGACGCUGACGGGGUCACCAAGGACCCCCACCUGCUGGAAGGGAACACCGUCCGCAGCUUCCUGGAGAGGAAGGAACAGAACCAAAAUCAGGUUCGCGACUGGGUGGCCGAAGAGAGCAGCAACCAGGGUCUCCUUGUGACGGUUCAGGGCCUGGGAGGGGCCCCCAUGGACCCCCACGCGGUGCAGUUCGCCUCGGGCAGGGACCACCACACCAGCAAGAAGCCCAUGCUGGUCUUGUUCACGGAUGACGGGCGGCGGGCAGCUGCCUUGCCCAGCGGCUUCCCCACUGAGCCAAUUCUCUUCGUCCUCCCCUCCGCAGGUCUGCCCUCUCUCCCCGAGGCCCCUUCCAACCGGACCCGCGGCCCCCGCUCGGCCGAGAGCUCCCUGCCCUGCCGGCGCUACCCGCUGCCGGUGGAGUUCGACGAGAUCGGCUGGACGGGCUGGAUCAUCUCGCCGCACGGCUACAACGCCUACUACUGCAAGGGCACCUGCCGCUUCCCGCUGGGCCAGAGCAUGCGGCCCACCAACCACGCCACCGUCCAGUCCAUCAUGCACGCCCUGAAGCUCAACCCGGAGGUGCACACGCCCUGCUGCGUGCCGGAUAAACUCUUCUCCAUCAACCUGCUCUACUUCGACGACGACGAGACGGUGGUGUUGAAACAGUACGACGGGAUGGUGGCCGACAGCUGCGGAUGCCACUGA